UGUUGUGUUGUCAUUCACUGCAGUUACACAGACAGAGAGGAGGAGCCUGUGAAGAUUAGAACUAAACUUUAUUCACCUCUCACAGUGAAAACAUGAUGAUUCUCUGUGCUCUGCUUCUGUUAUUCCUCAUGAAAAGUGAAACAUUUGCACAGUCAAUAACAUCAUUACAAAAGAAAACAUUUGCAUCUGAGGGAGAAAAAGUCUCUGUCUCCUGUGAAUAUAGUGGAGCUGUAGAUAACCUCCACUGGUAUCGUCAGUUUCCCAGAUCUAAGCCAGAGUUUCUGCUUUGGAUUUAUCCACACGGAACCACAAGUGACCUUCCACCCCGUCUUUUACCUAAAGUUGAUAAAAGCAAAACUCUUUCAGCACAUAAAAUGAAUACCCUGAUGAUGUUGGUGAUUUUGGUAUUGAUUUGUUAUGAGUGUCGUGGAGAAGAGAAAGUUGAUCAGCCAGACAAACAAAUCACUGAAUCUGAAGGAGGAUCAGUAACUUUACACUGUAAAUACAAAACAGCUUCAUCUCAGCCAGAUCUCUUCUGGUACAUUCAGAGAGUAAAUGACUUUCCUAAAGACAUCCUGAGGAGAAGUAAAUAUGGAGGAGAUAAUGGCAGUGAGUUUCAGGAGAGAUUUCAGUCUGAAGUGAAGUCAGAUUCAGUUCCUCUGAUCAUUCAGGAUGUGUGUGGUCACAUGAGGACUGAAGUCUCUUCCAGCAUCUCGAGCUGCAGAGAAGUAACAGAAGAAACAUUCAGUCCACUGCAGACCAGCUACAGAUAUACACACACAUAUUUACUCUCACACACUGUUUUAGAGUACACUUACACGACAACAAUGAAGUAGAACAUGUUAAAGUGUUUGUUUGCAUUUUAAUAAAGUUCCACAUACAGCAACGUUGUAUUUACACGUAUCUGAGAGUAAAAAUGGGUCCUUUACCAUAGUGGAUAUAUAUAUACAGGCAUUCCUGGUCAUUUUGAAAAUGUGUUAAUGUUGUUGGAUCUCUAAUAUUCAUCAUGUUCGCACUUUAGAUAAAAGCAUCCAGUAUGAAUAUAAUUAAGUGAUUUCCUGAAUAAUCAUAAACAUUGUUACAAAACCUUUAAUGUAAACUACAGCACUGUUAAAUCAUGUUAAAUCAAAAUAUGAAAAGAAGAAGAGUCACAGCAUCAUGUGACAGACAGCAGGAAGUUUCAUGUGACUUUAUGUGUGAGGUGCAGAGACUGACAGUAACACAAAUCUACAGCUCACAUCACACACAACAUCAACACACAUGAUCUGA